AGCUGGCAGAGAGCUCGGCGCUAUCGCGCAUGCGCACACCUGUACUGUGGGGCUGUGUAAGGAUUGACUUUGAGGCUUGCAGGCUGCAUGUGUCUAAAGGAGCUGAAAUGCAUUAAGAGGCAAAUAGGCAGUCAGAGGUCCAAGUGAAAUAUUCCUGCACGAAGGCACGCAUAAUGAGUAACAAAUGGGAGGAGCUGGCAGCCAUUGGAACUUGGUGGGAUGAACCAUGUUGUUGGGAUGCUGAAAUUGAUGGCUGUAAACCAUCAGGUUAGGGAUAAAGGGUGGGAGUUGGAUAUCAGGGCCUGCUCUUGAUGGGCAGAGUGAGAUGUGUUGAUUCUUUGCCAUCCUCAUGUUACUGCUAUAUUUCUGGGUAAGACUGAAAGCCACAGAGAAGUAGGUAGAAAGCAGAGUACAUUCCCUACAUGGAGGCUUGGUUUCAGGUGUUGUGUUUGAGCUAUUUAUUGGUUGUAGGUAAAUGUUUUGCAUACCUUCAUGGUCAAUUUCUGAAAGUGGGAGAGUGUUGUAAAGAGGGGUGUGACUGGCAUCCUCAGCCAAGGAGCUGAUAACUGUAUUCCACUGAGGGUUUAUUGUAUGUCAAUAAGGAGUUUAGAUUAAUGAAUUACCAAGGAAAUGCUGUGUAAAAGCUUUAUAAAGCUUCUCGUGCACUGUAGAGAUAGAUAACAAGACAGUCUGGGUACUAAGAGAAAAUCUGAGAGACACAAAAGAAAGACAGUGUAAUACCAAAACAGGAGAAAAGAUAUUCAGGUUAGAAGAGGCUGCUCUUUGCAGGUGCUAUGAGAGGCUCACUGUCCUUCACACUCCUUGCACUCCUUUUACUGGUGCACAGCUCCCAGGCAGUCUAUGUCCAGGAUGGCAACUUGAAAUUCUCCCUUGAAUCUGUGAAGAAGCUAAAGGAGCUUAUGGAUGAGAACAAAGUCAUUAACCCUCGCAUGGUGGUUUCAAAGGCUGGGUAUUCUCCAUGUCAAGAUAAAGAUCUCCCUGAGGAAUUCCAAGCUGUGUGUAAAAGAGAAGAUGCACCUGCAAUUUUCGAGAGGCUGUACUUGGUUGCUGGUGACGUUGAUUUGUGUGAAAUCUGUGCCAAUGCUGCCUGCUCUGGUUGCUUCUGAAUAAGGAUGAGACACUCCAAAGACAGUGUGCCAAGCUAGGAAGUUUGUGCAUUUGUAUUGCAAGAUCACAUACCCUCACAAAUCACUAUUUAGGUAUCAUCUUCACUACAGUCAAACUGAAGCUGUUAGCUCAUGUAGACAUACUAAGGGUAAUUUUGAAGCAGUGAGAUCAGGUAAUACCAGCAAUGCAGUUCUGGCAACAGGAAGACCAAACUUCAUUUGAGAAGCUGAAGAACCAUGAAGAAAGAGGCUCACACUGAGCGUUGUCUUACCUUGAGCCAUGCCUGAGUUGUGCAUCUGUCUAUGUGAGCUGUGUCAUGGUUGACUGGAGUGAAAAUAUCCUGGACUCACUGUUUCAAUUUCCAGUAUUCUAUCUGGAUUGGAACACAAUGGGUCAAACUGAGUAGUCUCCUCUAGCCUUUUAAUAUCUAAAUCUCCCUGUGAUCUGUCUUCCACUACACAUAUACACCUAAGCAGCAUAGGGUUGUAAUCUUUUCCAACUCAAGCUCUCCAGUUGGUUGGAUGAAUGUCUGUGCAUGUAGGUCUGGACAUGGUAUGUGUUUGAUUGUAACAGAGCUGUAGCAUAUAACUUGGGGACAAGUCAUAAGUGUUUAGCAACACUUUAAUAGCUAGGAAAUUCUCCAUCUGUUACUUGUACUAAUAUUUAAUGCCAAUUCUACAGAUGUAGAAGAGCACAGGAGCUAGUAAUCUUUUGCUCCCUUCUUUUGGCAGAUGUUUGUUAAGCUCUGUUUAGGAAAAAGGAAGUCCCAGCUGCAAUGCUGGAAUCACUUUGAAAGGAAAACAUUGCCUUGUUUUUAUUUUUGAGUGCCUAUUUGUGAAGAAAGGGUCUACCAAUGUUUGUAUGCUACUGUACGUGAAAUAAAGAUUAGAGACAAUUUUGUAGUUUUGCUUGGUUUUGUUUUCUUUCUUUUGCUUUGAUGGUCUACCUACUUCCUUAUGUCCUAUAUAAGUUCUUCCAUGUCUGAA